AUGCACAUGUAUGUGGUGAUUUCGUUUUUCUUGUUCUGUCCAUUUUGUAAAGGGUAUUGGGACUUGUAUACAAGCCCUUCAACUACAAUUGGUGGAAAUAACGUUACAAUUUUCUGCGACUACGAUGCAGACGACGAUGAUUUUAUUGAUAGUUAUAAUAUUAAUCCUGAAAUGAUUAUGGAAAUCCGACAAAACAACUCCAAGGAAGACUGGAAAGAAGUUGCAAUUACUAACGUCACAGGAUCCUACAUCCUCAACACGGACAGGAACUUGGCAAGUUAUUCCAAAUUCUCGUAUAGAUGUUAUCAAAGGCCAUAUUUAUCAUGUACGGCAAGCAUUGUAUUGUCAUUAACACACAACAGAUGUUUAAUUGACCCAAACCUCUACGCCAUCUUCCGAUGUAGGGUGUCCAGCGGAAGUAAAAUUUCCCAAAGUUUGGAGAAAAGUAUUCUAUCGACCAAAGGGCAAUCUCCAAAGAAAAUUCAGGACUUGACUAUUGUUAAAAGCAGCGGAGAAAGACCGGGUGAUGUUAUACAACUUAAAUGCAUCUUAAAAGUUGAAAGUGUAAAUGGUCUACCUAGCCAA